AUGAAGCAAGACAUAAGCCUCCACGAAGAGCUCAGAGGAACCUACGAAAAAACUCUCCAACUCGCAGUCUCAAUUACCCAGAGCAAGGCUGAUUUAUUUAGCUCAAAAGUUCGAGGUAAUGAUGCGAAAUUUGUAAAAUCAGUUGCAAGAGAAUUCCACGAUUUCAAGACAAUUCAUGACGAUUAUUUAAAGUCAAACAGCAACUCAAUUAAAGUAGACCCAAUAGAAAACCCAUCAAAAUCUGAAUCCCCAAUCAGUAGGCGUCACAAAUUUAUGUACUCAAAAUAUGCAGGGAAGUUAAAGCUAAAUACAUCAGUUGAUGAAGCCCAUGCAAUGGUCGCCUUAGCCAAGGCUGGCAAUAUAUCUCCAAUUGUGAGCUCUGCGAAGGAGUCUGAUAAGCCUUCACCGAUUUUAAAGAAGCUGAAAUUUAAUCAUUCGUUAUUAUUGCAGAAUGAAAAAAGCUCUACAAAGCUGCCUUAUGUAUCUUUACUUACUCCCCCCCCCCUCCGUGAGUGAACAAAAUCAUUAGAAAAAUCCCUAUUUUUUGCCAAAAACCCACCCUCCGUGAGUGAACAAAAUUUUUUUAAUAGAAAAAUUUUGUAUGGAAAAAAUUUUUGAUAUAUAUAAAUGAUAAUUAGUAUAAUGAAAUCUAGAGCUAAUUCUAUUUAAUUUUAAACGAAUUGCAUUUUAAAACAUAAAUUUUAUAAAUUUAAUUAAUAUUUGCUUUCCAAUUUUUGCGAAUCAGGAUUUUUUUAAAUUUCGAAAAAAAAAUAUUUUUUAUAAAAUUUAUAUAUAUAUUUUUUUUUAUAAAAUUUAUAUAUAAAUUUUUUUAAAAAAAAAAAUUAACCCCCCCUCCGUGAGUGAACAAAAUUUUUUUGUUCACUCACGGAGGGGGGGGAGUUAGUGGAAAGACAAAGCCACCUCUUGAUUUACCUUCAUAUAAAGAAUACUUAAAAUGCUAUAAGACUUAUAAUAAAAAACAGCCAAAAGAGACUCCGUUCCAAAAAAUCGACAGGUGCCAACAAAUUUUGGAAAAUUUACAAAAAGAGAUUUCAGGGCUUGAAAUAUUUUAUAAUGAAAAUCCUGGAAUCCCUUGAAAUAAUGACAAAAAAUUUCUGUUAAAGCUAAAUAAUAGUCCAUCAAGAAGAAAUGCAAUGAUAAAAGCAUAUAAUGACAAAAUUGCUGGGACCGCUAAAAAUAUUACACAGAAUUCAAGACUAAAAAGAUUCAUCACGAAAAAAGUCCCAAAAACUCCGUCAAUGUCCCCAGAAAAAUUCAAUGAAUUUUACCAUGAAAACAGCAAAACAGCGUCGGUAAGGCAAAAAAUGAGCUCGCCUGUUUUUUCUAUAUCAUUCGAAAAAACUAGUGAAACCAACCCGCUUAUAGAGGAUCCUAAAGACGUUUUACAAAGAUGCUCAGAAAGAUUCAAACUUGCUGAAGAUUCAGAAAACAAAAAAUUAAUCGAAAUUCUCCAAAAAUUAAAAGUGGAAAGGCCUUUAAUUUUAAAGAAAAAAGCCCGUCUUAUUCUUGAUGAUAAUGAAAAAUAUCGAGACAGGGUGUAUUCUCUCAACAAAUUCGAAGAAUACAAACGCACUGUAGAGUUUGAAAGAUUUAGCGCCAUGAAAAAGAACAAAUCCCAAGCAUCUAUUUACAAUUCCCUAUUAAGCUACCUCAAAAAAAGAGAAAGAAUACCUUCAGAAAUCGAGUUAUCUCUUAUGGAUAUCCUAAAAGAAUACUUACUUCCCUUCGUGAGCUAACUUAAACAUUGAAAAAUCUCUAUUUUAUUGGUAAAAACCCUCUUGUGAGCGAACCAAAUUUAUUUUAAUUUAUAUAAGUGAUAAUAGAUAUACUGAAUCUCUCUAGCUAUUUCUAAUUGAAAUUUUAAAUAGCUUAUAUUUUAAUACAAAUUGAAUUAAAUUUUACUUUCCAAUUUUAGAUUUUUUUAAUUUCGAAAAAAAAAAUUUACUGUAAAGUAGAAAUUUUUUAAAGAAAAAUUAACCCCUGAAGUUGGAGUCCGGAAAUGUCAUUUCUUUUCAAACCAUCAAAGAAAUCCUUAACGAUCUUUCUUUUAAAGAAAAAAUUAGCCUUAAGCCACUAUUAUCUAUAGCGCAGUCCUUUUUAGAGAUAAGUGACGAAGAAUUUGAUAUAUUAUUUAUUGAAUAA